UUUUUCUCUGUUGGUAAUUCCCAAUUCCCGCCAUCUUUCAGCCCCAAACCCAAAGAAAACCUCGAGAGAGAGAGAGAGAGAGAGAGGGAGGGAGAGAGGGGUUGUAAAUCGGCGUGGUGACAAUGGGGAGAGGUUCAUCGAAGAAGAAGGAGGAGACAGGAAAUGGUGGUGGGGAGGAGAAGCCAGAGACCACAGAGCGCAGCAGGCUCAAAACCCUGGCUUUCUCCAACAACAUGCUUUCACAUACCCCAGCCAACCCCGCCCAACCUCUUUCACCUUCCAAAUCUGUCACCAAACACCACGGCAAAGACAUCCUCAAGAAAUCCCACCGGAAGAACAGGUUCCUCUUCUCCUUCCCCGGCCUCCUCGCUCCCAUCGCCGGCGGAAAGCUCGGCGAGCUCAAGGAUUUGGGUACCAAGAACCCCCUUCUCUACCUUCAUUUCCCUCAGGGUCGUAUGAAGUUGUUCGGCACCAUUGUGUAUCCCAAGAAUAGGUAUUUGACUCUGCAGUUCCCGAGGGGCGGAAAAAAUGUCAUGUGUGAGGACUACUUUGAUAAUAUGAUUGUAUUUUCUGAUGCAUGGUGGAUUGGGAAACAAGAGGAGAAUCCAGAAGAAGCCCAACUUGAUUUCCCCAAGGAACUAAGUGAUGGGCAACAUACUGAAUAUGACUUCAAAGGCGGUGCCGGUGCAACGUGUAUUAAUAAGCAAUGUGACCAGAAAAAUGCUAGCAUACAUCUUGAAGCACGAUCUCCUAAGCCUAAUCUUAAAGAUGAUUUAUCUGAUGAUGAAAACAGAGAUUUUAUGAAUGUAACUCCAGUUCGACAUUCAGCAAGAACUGCUGGGAAAACAUUCAAAUUUGCAGAAGCUUCUUCUGGAGAUGAUUCGGUUGAGAGUGACUCCGAUGAAUAUGAACGAGAAGAUAAAAAAGCUGUGGGGCACGAUUCAUCAUCCAGGAAACAUGUUAGUGAAAAGGAUGAAAAUCUGUGCUCUGAAAUCUUUGAAAUUGAUGAAAAGGAUGUUGGGGAAGGAACUGAGUCUGCCAUAUCAAUUGCCAAGUCUAAGAAACAGUUCAAGAAGGUGACUAGGGAAGACUCAAGCAGUAAUCAUAGUUCACUUGUUCAGACUACCAUAUCGACGUUAUUCAAUAAAGUAGAGGAAAAGAAGACACCAAGAAAUCCAGGAGAAGUCCCAUUACAAAAAGUGUCUGGCCAGAAGUCGCGGCACACUGAUACAGGAAGGAAGAUUAAUGAGGAUGGAGGACCAAGGAAAAGGGCAAAAGUGAUAAAUGAGGAAUAUUCAAGCAGGAAAAGCACAGUAAAAAAGGAAGAAAAUGAGAUGUCUAGGUUGAUCAAAGGUAUUAAUUAUACCGUCAGAAUCUUUUGGAGCUCCCAAACAAAAGGUAAAGAGAUCAGAGUUGGAAUCAUAUGAAUCGUUACGUAAUAUUGUUAAGAGCAACAAGUUACUGAGCAGUUCUUUGUAAAUUUGAUCCUCUCUUGAAGGAUUAUCCUUUAUAUUUGUAAUGCAAAAAAUUAGUGGUUUAUAUACCAGAUUGUUAGAUUGUGUCAUAAUUUUUUUGUUUUGUUUUGUUUUUAUUUUGUUUUUAUUUUUUUAUUUUUUAAGAAAACCAAAAAACCUAAUAGAGGCUCAUAAAGUAACCUAUUUCUAUAUGAAAAUAGAGUUUGUAAAGUCUAGUUUUUAUUAUUUAAGUCCUGAUUAUUUAAGACUUUAUCAAUAGGAUGAGCUACUGCCUAGAAUUUUCAUUGGAGAUCAUGGAAUAUAAAUGCUCUGUAAGGGAAAGUAUCAUGGUUUAGGUGCCAUUCUGUUUUGAUUGGAGAAGGAAGAUUUGAUAAGCAUAUACUGAAUCUCCAGAGUUUCCUAUUUCAUAUAUGUUUUAUCUUGAUGCACAUACAAUGUUGCAAUGCAAUUGUGUUUGUAUAUGUUUUAUCUUUCUUAUCAUGGAAAAGAUUUAAUUCUCCACAAUGCAAUUGUUGAUCUCGUUGUUUCUCAGUUCAAGCUGAACUGGCAUUCACAGUUCUACCAAUGGACAAGAGUUUGCUUGCUAUCUCAGUUUCUGAGAGUACUUAACCACUAAAUGCAUUGUUGAUUCAUUUACUUAAGAUGGUCUAUUUUGGUCCUUAUGCUAGAACUUAUUUUAGUGGACUAAAUAAGCAACAAUAUGCUAACUGUUUAACAUACAGUACAAGUAGUUUCAAAUUUGAACAAGUUAUUCACCAAGAGAAGAAAAAAAUCUCAUUGAACUAGUUAUUGAUGUAUGGCCU